GAGAGAAAAAAAAAUUGCUGUUCACCAAGUUUUAUUUGAACAAGCAUUCUCCGUUUGCCAAACAGGUUACACGUUUUUUUUUUCUUUGUACUUCUCAGCGUACUCUAAAGCUACUUUCUAGAACUGUUGACACAUCCCAGCAGGUGGUGCCUUUUCUUUCUUUCUUGGUUUCCCCGUCGCACCCACAUACAUACAUACAAGCGAAGGACGGUAAUUUUCAUCUCUUUUUCACAAACGCAGCUUUUUCGUCACCAUGAUCCAGCCGCAACUUGUGCUGCUGCGCGAAGGUACCGACACCUCGCAAGGCAAGCCGCAGCUGAUCAGCAACAUCAAUGCCUGCAUCAACAUCGUCGAUACCGUAAAGUCCACCCUCGGCCCCUGCGGUAUGGAUAAGCUGAUUCACAACGGCCGUGAUGUGCAGAUCAGCAACGACGGCGCGACCAUCAUGAACCUGCUCGAAAUCGUGCACCCCGCCGCGAAAAGCCUGGUCGACAUCGCUCGGGCGCAGGACAACGAGGUGGGCGAUGGCACGACGUCGGUGGUGGUGUUGGCCGGUGAACUGCUAAAAGAGGCGAAACAGUGCGUGGAGGACGGCAUCGCGCCCCAGGUGAUUAUCAAGGCGUACCGCAGUGCGCUGGUCGUGGCCAUGAAGGGGUUGGACAAUCUGUGUGUCCCGUUCAAGGCCGAGGACAACUCCAACGAGGAGAACUUGAUCCGCUGCGCUGAGACGGCACUGAACUCGAAGCUGAUCAACACGGAGCGCCGCUUUUUUGCGGAGAUGGCCGUGAGGGCGGUGUCGGCGUUAGACAAUGACAUGAACCUCGACCUCAUCGGCAUUAAAAAGGUCGUCGGCGGUAGCAUGCGUGAUAGUGUUCUUGUGGACGGUGUAGCCUUCAAGAAGACGUUCUCCUACGCUGGAUUUGAGCAGCAGCGCAAGAAGUUCGACAACCCCAAGGUUCUGCUGCUGAACAUCGAGCUGGAGCUGAAGGCGGAGAAGGACAACGCCGAGGUACGACUGAAGGACCCAAAGCAAUAUCAAUCCAUCGUUGACGCUGAGUGGAAGAUCAUCUUCGACAAGCUCGACAAGUGCGUCGCUACUGGCGCCAACGUGGUGCUCUCCCGGCUCCCCAUCGGUGACCUGGCCACGCAGUACUUUGCGGACCGCGACAUCUUCUGCGCCGGCCGCGUCGCCAACGAUGACAUGACGCGCGUGUGCAUGGCCACCGGCGGCGUGGUGCAGUCCACACUGACCAACGUACUGGCAGAGGUGCUCGGCACGUGCGGCACCUUCGAGGAGCGCCAGGUCGGCACGGAGCGCUACAAUUUCUUCACGGGCUGCAAGACGUCGAAGACGUCCACCGUGAUUCUGCGUGGUGGAGCUCAGCAAUUUAUCGAGGAGGCCGACCGCUCCCUCCACGACGCCAUCUGCAUCGUGAAGCGCGCCAUCAAGACCGGCUCCGUCGUAGGCGGCGGCGGUGCGAUCGAGAUGGAACUGAGCAAGGAGCUGCGCGAGUACUCGCGGACGAUUCGCGGCAAGGAGCAGAUGGUGAUUGCGGGCUACGCCCGCGCGUUGGAGGUGAUCCCGCGCCAGUUGGCUGCGAACGCCGGCCACGAUAGCACCGACACGGUGAACAAGCUGCGCCAGAAGCACUACAUGACGAACGACGCGCCGAACAACAAGUGGUACGGCGUGGACAUCUUCAACGGCGGCGUGUGUGACACCUUCGCCAACUUUGUGUGGGAGCCGACACUGGUGAAGCGCAACGCCCUGCAGAGCGCCACGGAGGCCGCGUGCCUAAUUCUCUCCAUCGACGAGACCGUGACGAACCCCGAAUCGGAGGCAGGGAAGAAGCAGGCCGCUGGUGGCGGCGGUGGCCGCGGUGGUAACAUGGCCAUGAGCAAGGCUGGCAUGGGUGGCAUGUUCGCUGGCGCCCCCGGCGUAAGCCGCAUGAAGGGUGGCCGAGGAAAGUAA